AUGGCUGAUGAGAACUAUACAAGGAUCACAGAAUUCAUUUUCACAGGCUUGAAGUACCACCCUAAGCUGCAGGUUUUCCUUUUCUUGCUCUUCCUGCUGUUCUACCUUGUUACUGUGACAGGGAACUUGGGCAUGAUCAUCCUUAUUCGCAUUGACUCCCGCCUUCACACACCCAUGUACUUUUUCCUCAGCCACCUGUCAUUUGUGGACAUCUGCUUUUCAUCAGUGGUGGGCCCCAAGAUGCUCACUGACUUCUUUGCUGAAAGGAAGACCAUCUCUUUCCUGGGAUGUGCCCUGCAGCAGUGGUUCUUUGGGUUCUUUGUGGCCAUUGAAUGUCUUCUCUUAGCAUCCAUGGCUUAUGACCGCUAUGUGGCCAUCUGUAACCCACUGUUGUACUCUGUCGCUAUGUCCCACAGACUCUGCAUACAGCUGGUAGUUGGACCCUAUGCUGCUGGUUUCUUCAACACGAUGACUCAUACAACAGCUGCAUUCCGACUUCCCUUUUGUCACUCUAACAUUAUAAAUCAUUUUUUCUGUGACAUGUCUCCAAUUCUUUCUCUCAUAUGUGCUGAUAUCUGGAUCAAUAAACUGUUAGUUUUCAUUGUGGCUGGAGCUGUACUGGUCAUUAGCAGCAUAACCAUUAUAGUCUCCUACUCUUACAUCCUUGUGGCCAUCUUGAGGAUCCACUCUGCUGAGGGGAGGCGCAAAGCCUUUUCUACCUGUUCUUCUCAUGUAACAGCAGUUUCAAUUUUGUAUGGGACUCUCUUUUUUAUCUAUGUGAGGCCAAGUGCCAUAUCCUCUCUGGAUCUCAAUAAGGUGGUGUCUGUGUUCUACACAGCAGUGAUUCCUAUGCUGAAUCCACUCAUCUACAGCUUGAGAAAUAAGGAAGUGAAAGCUGCCAUGGGCAGGACAAUCACUAAGAGCAAGCAUUUCAUUAAAAAUUAA